GCUGGGUCUUUAGCUUUUUCUUAAAGGUGCAGAGGGACUCUUUGGUCAGCGCUGCUCUGUUUCCACAGACGGAGAACGAUCUGUGGGAGGUGUGGAACAAAACGGGGAAUCACGGGAACAAGUGGAACCGAGCAGAGAUCCCUCUGAGGAAGCUGAGGAACUUUGAGGUGAUUAUCGAGGGGAUUCGCUCGAUGGAUGUGAGUGGAGGAGCUGCGCUGGAUGACCUGGAGUUCAUUGACUGUGCCCCAAAUGCUGUGGAUUCAGUCAGCUGCCCUGCAGUCACAGACUUUGUGUGUCACAGCGGGCAGUGCAUCGAGUCCCACCUGGUGUGCGACCGCAGGGUCGACUGCGCUGAUGCGUCAGACGAGCGGGGCUGCGCUCACACAUGGGGUGCUUGUGAUUUCAACAUGGAUGACAGUCAGUGGGAGGACACCUGCCAGCUCUCUCAGGACACGGAUGAUGACUUUGAUUGGAGGAUCGGUCGUCGGAGUGAGACCCCAGGAGCUGGACCUCCAGAUGACCACAGUCUAGAAGGAGUUUGGGGAAAGUUUCUGUACAUACAUUCAGCCACUGAGAGGGAGGGCGACGUCGCCAAGCUCACAACCACGAGCCCCUUCCCGGCGAGCAUCGGCCUGUGUCGCCUUCGCUUCUGGUUCUACAUGCACGGCUCCGACAGGAUGGGAACGCUCAAGAUCUACACUGUUGGACCCAGUGGAACCAGACUACUCAUGUGGGUAGCCACUGGAAACCAUCGUAGCCACUGGAAAUACGCUAAUGUCAUACUUUCCAACCCAGCACCUUUCAAAGUGACCUUCCAGGCGGAGGCGGGGGGUGACAUGUGGACAGACAUCGCCUUGGAUGACAUUUCCUACACUGCAGACUGUAUGGAAGGAGGACCCGUUACCCCCCGGCCUCUGACCUGCGCUGUGGACCAGUACCGCUGCUUGUACUCCUUUCAGUGCAUCCCUGAGAGCUGGAGGUGUGACGGAGAGCCGGACUGUGCUGACCGCUCCGAUGAAGAGUUCUGUCCCACCCUGGAGCCCGGUACUCUUCCUCCUCAGGAUCGCUGCCCUGUUGGAUAUUUCCAGUGUUUGAAUAAUACCUGCCUCCCUUCCAUCCUGCGCUGUGACGGCGUGCCGGACUGUCCCGACGGAGAGGACGAGUACAGCUGCUCUCUGCUGCAGUGUGAGCUGGGGGAACUGGUGUGUGAAGGUUCGUCUGGUUGUAUCCCUCUUCAGAAGCGUUGUGACCACUCUGCUGACUGUCUGCCGUUUCACUCCGAUGAGUCCAGCUGCCAUGAUUGUCCUCCCCUGUUUUGCCUGAAUCGUGGCUCAUGCCUGGUGAGGAAACACGGGCCUGUUUGCAUGUGUGAUCCAGGGUGGACUGGCAACCGUUGCCAUGUGAGGCAGAAACCAGGUCUCUCCACAGCGUCACCCGAACCAGAGGACACACAGCUGGUAGCUGUGUAUGUCGGCGUCGGCAUCGGACUGCUGCUGCUCGCCGCCGGAGUGGCCGUCUGUGUCCUGGCCUUAUACGCAAAAAAGAAACGCCAUAUCAUAAAGCACAAACUGAUGGACUACGGCGUGAUGGAUGACCUGGCCAAUGGCUGCAGAGCAGAGCCUGUGAGGUCAUGCUGUUGUCCCAGAGUUGACCCCAGCAGGAGUGAUGGUCGUGGGCUUUCAAUCAGUGUCUACCCCUGGGGGAGGGAGGUGGAGCAGGCGUCGACCUGGAGAGAUGCCAAGCUGUCCUUCACCAACCCGUUGUACAAUUACCCCCCUGAUGCUAAUAGCGCUGACUACAGAGGCUCUGAAGCAUAAAGACAAUGGACUUAACAUAUUGAUGCUGCAGUACAUCAGGGUCAAACAGCGUGUGCACACACUGGAUGGGUUUGUCUUGACCUGCUGGGGCGCUAAGUGAGAGGGAGACGAUGCAAAGAGCAGAGGAACGUUUAGGUAUUUGGAAAGGAGUUAAUUGAAUGUCUGAAAAGCUUCAUGCUGUGAUUGGAAAAAAAUGGUUAUUAAUUUAUCAAAUAAAUAAUGUAUUACCUACAGACCAUCAAUACAUCAUUUUUAUAAUGUUUUCAAAGCUGGAGAGAUUUAAAAAGUAAAAUGAUAACUUUAUUGUUUGCCCAGUGGAUGAAAGUCAUAUUUUUUUUGGUAAUAGAGAGAAAAAAAAUAGCAACAAACAAACAAGAAAACACCACACACAGAAGCCAGCAACCACUUUAGGGUUUUCCAUCCAUCCCCAGUACAAUACUCAUAUAAUAAAUUAGUAUAUCACCACA